AUGCCGGACGUUCACGCCCUUGUCAAUGACUUCUUAAUCAAGCUCAAAAAGCGUAAAAUCGAGGGCUCAAAGACCACGGCGAAGGUCACGGCGGAGGUUCUCCGGUCAUUCAUCUCUCAGCAGAGGCUUCCUAGUACGAAUCAGGCUGGAGCUCUUAUUGAUGCCGUGAGAGGCGUUGGGGAGCAGCUAAUUGCUGCUAAUCCCGUGGAGCUUGCUGUUGGUAAUGUUGUAAGGCGUGUUUUACACAUCAUUAGGGAGGAGGAGCUUACGCUCACUUCAGCUGCUAUUGGUGGGAUGGGUCUAUCGGCUGGAAGUGAUGACGAAGAUGAAGCUGAGCAUGAUGGUCCGGAUUUGUCUGCAGCAAUUGUUGCCGCUGCUGCCCGAAACACUCUGAGGCCUCCUUCCUUACAGACACUCCUCGAGGAUUUACCUCAUACAGCAGCUGUUCCUCACACAUAUUCCUCUGGAGGCGACUCUGAUGGAAAAAGCAAAUCUGUUGAUAGGAACUCAAAUGCUAGGAAACUAAAGCAUAAUGUCAUCGAGGCUGUUAAUGAACUGAUUCAAGAUAUAGCCACUUGCCAUGAACAGAUUGCUGAACAAGCAGUGGAGCAUAUACAUCAUAACGAAGUAAUCUUAACUUUGGGCAGUUCAAGAACAGUAGUGGAAUUUCUUUGUGCCGCAAAGGAAAAGAAGAGAUCAUUCAAAGUGUUUGUUGCAGAGGGUGCUCCGAGGUACCAGGGGCAUGCUCUUGCUAAGGAAUUAAUCACAAGGGGGCUUCAAACGACAGUAAUCACUGAUUCUGCUGUCUUUGCAAUGAUUUCCCGCGUGAAUAUGGUUAUUGUUGGAGCUCAUGCUGUGAUGGCCAAUGGUGGGGUUAUAGCACCUGUUGGAUUGAAUAUGGUGGCACUAGCAGCUCAAAGGCAUGCUGUCCCAUUUGUUGUUCUUGCGGGAAUUCACAAGCUUUGCCCUCUAUAUCCUCACAAUCCAGAGGUCCUAUUAAAUGAAUUGAGGUCGCCAUCAGAGCUCUUGGACUUUGGAGAAUUUUCGGAUUGCUUAGAUUUUGGAAGUGGUUCUGGUUCUCCCAAUCUUCAUGUCGUCAAUCCUGCAUUUGAUUAUGUACCACCAAAUCUUGUUAGUCUGUUCAUUACAGAUACUGGAGGGCAUAAUCCUUCUUAUAUGUACCGACUUAUUGCUGAUUAUUACUCAGCUGAUGAUUUAGUUGUCCAAAGGAGAUCAGCUUCUUGA